AUGUCUGACGCCGGAAGAAGUCCUGGACGUUCCGCACGGGCUGGUGCUGGAGGUACAGUCCGCCAACGUCGUACUGCAGCGGCUGCCACAGGUCGGUCAGCCCGGUCUGGCGGCGGAGUAAAUAGCGGUGGUCUGUGGAGAUUUUAUACGGAAGAUGCAACAGGACUUAAGAUUGGACCUGUGCCCGUACUUGUAAUGAGCUUAGUCUUUAUCGCUUCUGUAUUUAUACUUCACAUUUGGGGCAAAUACACCCGUUCACACCACUAG